ACAAAUUGUUUGAAGUAGCCUUUGAAAUAAUCAGACGACAUUUACGACUACUCAAACAAUUCACAAAAGUAUCCGAAAUCGAGCUCAUCAUGAAGUUGAAUUUCAAACUAAACCUGAUGAUAUUCUGCAGCUGGUGGGUGAUCAUCAGCAACUGUUUGGUAUGCGAAAUUGGCGCUUAUUGCCUUAGAGAGAUGCCGAGGGCAGCGAAGGCGAACAGCGGCAGUAGAACACGCCACAUGUGGCAGCCGCGGCAUCCCACCGGCUUGGUGGCUCCUGCUGAUGCUGCUGCUGCUGCUGAGACUGGCAGCUGCAAUCGACCAACAACUUUGCGGCCGGCAACUGACAGCAAUGUGGCAGCGUCCCAGCAGCUCAAUGGCAUUGGCAAUGCAACAAUCCAAGCAGCAGCAGCGGCAGCAGCAUCUCCUGCGGUGACCCUGGCCAAUUAUGUCUAUCAAUGUGCCGCCAAGCGUGCGUCGAGUUCAUCUAAUUCUUGUGCCAGCAACAGCAAUGACAACAUAUCUCAACUGGAGCAACAGUUGACUGUCUUGCAGUCAAGUUGAAGCUGUAUAAUCUGAUUGUUUUAUUGACUGAGUGACAGCAAAAAGCUGUUUGGAAGUUUCCAAUGGCUGAGCACAAUGCGUGGCUUAUCGAACGCUCAACAUUCGCAAAUUAAAUGUAUUUGGGGCGAAAUCCCUUUAAGCGCAUAAGCUGCGAAUAUUCAUGCCAAUUAUUAGCAA